GACCCCUACUCCCUAUGCUGUCUGCUCCAUCAGUCGCCUCCAAACCAAACCCCCUUUCAGCAGAAUCAGAGGAGAACCCUGUAGCGUCUUUUGAUGAGCUUCCACAGGGCGGCUCGAACUGUACUCCCACCUGCUCCUUGGACUGAGCCUCCUUCUCCAACACUCUACCUCUGCACCCUCCACGUGAGCCACUCCCUGCGUCUUCCUCCUCCCCUGAGACGCUCUUCCCGUUGACACAUCCCGCCGGCACCACCUGAGAGAACCAAGGUGGGGUUUCCCACCACAACUGGACUGAGAAACACCCCGACCCAACCACGAUCUGGACAGAUGUAGGAAUGUCUCUACCUACCACCUUCACCAAUAAUCUAGCCCAUUGCAUAUCUGCCAUGAUAUCCGUUUUAUCAUCCACUGCAAUGAAGCCACCACAGCCAUCACCUAUCAAUUUAAAGACCUCGCGGCUCCAUAGAUGAAGAGGGAGACCUACUACUCUCACCCAAGCCUCCUUUGCACUGACUUUAUUACAAAAACACCCCACCUCCGGGUGCCAUUUCUCCAAGAAUAAGGCAUUGUCUUUCACCCUUCUCAUCCCUCUUUCAAGAACACGCUCGGCUUCACUUAACAGUUCAAACUCAAAAAGCAAAAGACCUCUUCCCAACACAGAUAUGUUCAGUUUACCUCUGAGAAGCCAGACUUGACCAGCCCAAAAACCCCCACAAACACUCUCCAUUCUCUCAGCAAUUCCUAAGGAGGAAGAGGGGUUCAGAUUUUGCUCCAGGACAUUCCCAGGAUUUCCACUGAAAAAUCAAACUGACCCAAAUCCAUCAUACUCAAAGCUUUUUGUAGUACAGAAAAGGGCAAAAGCCAUGAAGAGUUGUUGGAAGAAACGAGAACUCACAUUUCUGAUUCUCUAUGCUCUCCUUUUCUACAUUGUCAUCAUUCGGCGCUCCCUUCAAAUUUCUCAUGAUUAUUAUCGCAAGGUCUUGGGUUAGCGUCCUGGGUGGGUUGCUGAUCAGCUCAAUGAUGUCUCUGAUGCUCAAUGGAGAAACUUUCGGGGGAAUCUUGCCUAUUCUUACUGUUGUUUUUGGAAUUUUUGCAUUUGUGGCCAAUUUGUUGAGGGCAUACUGUCAAUUAAAAGCAAGGGGAAUGGCGGUAGUUUGGCUUUUGAUAUCUUUGAUUUACCUAGCAUAUCUACAUGGAGCCUGCAUCAUAUUUGUCCUAUCAAUUGCUUCAGCUAAUUUUCUUCUCGUAAAGAUAUUUGCACGAACAAAGUACUUCUCAUCAGUACUUUGGACUUUCAACUUAUUUUUUCUUAUGUAUAAUCGUAUUCAUGAAGGAUAUUCAUUCUCCACUUUUGGGCAACAUUGGGCUUAUUUGGACCACUUCCGGGGUACCUUUAGAUGGCAUAUUUGUUUCAACUUUGUUAUUUUGCGCAUGAUAAGCUUUGGAUAUGAUUUCCAUUGGGCACAUGAAGAUUCUCAUUUUGAUCAGAAGAAGCACAUUCAACGCUGCCAUAUUUGUAAAGCAGGGAAAGCAUGUUACUUGCAUUUACAGGAGAGAAGUGUCCAGAAUGACAAGUUCUCCUUUAGCAUAUACUUGUGCUAUUUGGUGUAUGCACCGCUUUACAUUGCUGGCCCAAUUAUCAGCUUCAAUGCUUUUGCUUCACAGUUAGAUAUGCCUCAGAAUAAUUAUUCAGUGAGAGAUGUGUCUUGGUAUGGGUCACGCUGGCUCUUUAGUCUUUUCUUAAUGGAACUAAUGACACAUCUGUUUUAUUACAAUGCCUUUGCUAUCAGUGGCUUGUGGAAACAGUUGUCUCCUAUGGAUGUUUUCAUCAUUGGUUAUGGGGUUUUAAACUUCAUGUGGCUAAAGUUCUUUUUGAUGUGGCGCUACUUUCGAUUAUGGUCACUGAUUUGUGGCAUUGAGGCCCCUGAGAAUAUGCCAAGGUGUAUCAAUAAUUGCUACAAUUUGGAAAGUUUCUGGAAGAACUGGCAUGCUUCCUUCAACAAAUGGCUUGUCAGGUACAUGUACAUUCCUCUUGGGGGCUCUCAGAGAAAGCUUCUGAACAUAUGGGUUAUAUUCACAUUUGUUGCUGUAUGGCAUGACUUAGAGUGGAAGCUUCUUUCAUGGGCAUGGUUAACGUGUUUAUUCUUUGUUCCAGAGAUGAUACUGAAAUCAUUGGCAAAUACAUUUCAGGCUGAGAGUGCUUUUGGGGAAUUUAUUUUCCGUGAACUUAGUGCGGUUGCUGGUGCUAUCACAAUCACUUGCCUCAUGGUUGCCAAUCUUGUUGGCUACGUCAUUGGACUAUCAGGCAUUAAUUGGUUUAUUUCUCGGUUCCUUCAGAAAGAAGGACUUCCAAUUCUGGGUGGCAUGUUUAUAACAUUUUAUGUGGGAACAAAGCUUAUGUUCCACAUUGAUGAUGCCAAGAAAAGGAGGCACCAGCACUGAAUUAAAGUUUACAAAUUUUGAAUCCAAGUCUGAUUUUGCCAAUAUUCCUGAUUAUAGAGUUUUGAGGCAGACAAGGAGGUGCCACAUAGUGAUACAAGACUGUCUACUCUAUUUUUGUUAGGUUUCUUAAGUAGAAGGGCAUGCAAAAUGAUCCCUUCUCCAAGAUUAUGUUUUGUACAUGGAAUUGGAAUACUCACAUUGGGAUCAGACGGUUACUAACUUCUUACAACAGAAUUUCUAUGAGAAUGCAAUUUGUGUA